AUGUCUGAAAGCCAUGUGAAGAUCAAUGUCGGUGGUGAGAAGUUCAUCGCUGUGCGUCCCGAUUUGUUCAACGUGGCGGGUGAGAACAAGCUUAGCACGGUGUUCUCUGGCCGCUGGGAGACGUUCUUGGACUCGGAUGGUGCAUAUUUCGUCGACUACUCUCCCGACGUCUUCAUGCCGCUGAUCAAUUGGCUGCGCGAAGUCAGAGACUCCAACCCAGAUGCCACGGUGCCAGUGACGGUGAAGGAUGAGUACAGGAUGGCAUGGGUGAAAAUGAUGAGAGCCUUGUCUUUUGAUCUCAGGAUCCUGAAAGCUGCAGGCAUCAAAUUGGCUGAUUUGUGUAGAGCUGGCUUCUCUGAAGAGGAGUGUAGAGCUGCGCAUUUCCCAGGGGACUACUCCAUUUGGAGAGACGAAAAAGAUGACGCGAUCAUGACACCGACCUUGGCCGCCGUGUGUGGAGAGGAAACUGCGGAGUGGCAAGUCCUGACCGCGGUCGCGCUGGUGGCGCUCCAGUGCCUCGCGAGGGCCAUGCCCCGCGCGGCCGCCUCCUUCCACGAGCCCCCGCGCCGCCGCGACGCCGGCGCCCGCCCGGUCGCCACGGAGCAAGGGCCGCGGGCGGCGCCCGGAGCGCCCGGCGUCCCGGUGCCCUGCGCUGCGUGGGCCCAAAGCCAUCCUCACCUGGAGCGCUUGCACGUGGGGAGGCCCCUGCAUAAGAUGGAUGGUGUAGCUGAGGAAGUGGUCGCCUCCACGAACUCGACGCCCAGUAUGAGACCGCGGAACGUGAAUCUCAUCUCUGACUCCCGUGUGCUGCAGGUGCCGAACAAAGAUCUGGAACGAGAGCGACCGGUCCAGGAGGCCAAGAGGAUCUCGCCCAGGGACUCGCCUCUGUCGCCCACGCGGGUGAUCAAAAGCGAGUCCUCGCCACUGUCGCCCACGCGGGUCAUCAAGGCGGUGGUGAAGGAGGAACGCUGGACCGGAGAAAAGAUGGAGAAGGAGCGGAAGUUGGAUGAGAGUCCUCCCAAGAACGAUCGUGACACUGACCUAGCCAACAAGACUGCGCAGCUUGAGCGCGAUGCGCGAGAUAUGUUGCAGCAAUUCCAAGAGUUUGAGCGGGAGAAGGAAGAUGAAGUGAGAGAGUUCCACGCGGAGAUCGCACAACUGCCGCUCGGACACCGCCCGCGAGACACGCCGCGCGGGGUGGAGCCG